CACAGCGCUCGAGACAAGCGCCAUUCAUCUGAGAGGACCGCGGGCACACCUGGUCGGACCGCGGAGAGCAGAUUAGCGCCUGAAACAGCUCCACGCAGCACUCGGGUUAAUCACUUGAGGAAUGCGGUGCCAUUAAGGACGGGGAGCCGACACUUCAUAUCAACUUUUAAGUUCAUUUUCACCCAACUUGUUUAAAAAAAGGGAUCAUGGCCACGGGCGGAUUCAAGCCAAACGCCACGACGGACUUUUUGGAGGAGUGGAAAGCUAAACGGGAGAAAAUGAGAGCCAAAAUGCUGGGGGACAUAGCCGCAGCCACUGGCGCGCCCAUGGGUGCCAGCAACCCAAACAACAACAACAACAGUAACCGCACCGAGCUCACCAAUAACGGCAGCCCGGACCGGAGCGCCUCCGCUGGGAACUGCCUCCCUCCCUCCUACGCGGUGGCUCGGUCCUCCUCCGGCACGGCUUUAAAGAGACCCGAGGAGGAAACGCACCCCCCUGCCUCACCCACUGCCGUCUCUCCGCCGGGGAGCGACCUGACGAAGGCCACGCCUCAGACGGAGAAGGCUCCGUGCGACUCCCCGGACUCCAGCCCCAUGGCUUGCAAUGACGGGGACAUGGGAAGCCCGUCGCCCGGUAAGGUCAAGGAGAAGAACAGCACCGGCGGUCUCAGCGCGAGGAAGGGGAAAGGGCAGUUUGAGAAGAGAAAGCUGAGAGAAAAGAGGAGAUCAACAGGUGUUGUCAGCAUUCCAUCCAGUGAGAGCCUGGAUGAGCUGGACGAUGACGACGCUGGGGAGAAGGACAGGAAGGAGGAGGAGCUGGUGCAGGCCAACACUUUCCAGAACGAGGCCAUGACAGCUGACCUCGCCAUUGGCCACUUGAUGGAAACCCCCAGAUCUGGGAGCGGCCGCCACAAGAGCUCUGCAGGAUCUGAGGAAGAGGUGGGCGGGAACAGCAGACAACGACACUACCGUCACAGCCGAGAUGGAGGAGCUGCAGCACCGGGGAGUUUGGAGAAAAGGAUGGAGGAGCUGGAGAAGGAGCUGGCCAGAGAGCGUCAGGAGAACGGCCGGUUGCUGAAAUCCGACGAGGACAAAGACGACCUCAUCGGGAAGCUGAGGGAGGAGAUUGACUUGCUGAACAGAGACCUGGACGACAUUGAGGAUGAGAAUGAGCAACUCAAACAGGAGAACAAGACUCUGCUGAAAGUGGUGGGUCAGCUGACGAGGUAGAACGGCGCAGCCUCCUCCCCCGAUGUUCCUCCUCGACAUCCCGCCCCGGCUCACGUCCACCAUCACGGCCUUCAAUGCGUUUGGUUCUGUCUCUUCCUGUGUUAGAGGUGAAACUGUAAACUAGUCGUUCAGAGCCUCACGGCCUUUAAUACAUUCCCACGAGGAGGAUUUAUUCCAUGUGUUGUGAAAGCUGAGCGGUCUAGGGGCCGACAGUCUCUCGGGGACUGUCUGUCAUCGUACAUAUUUAAUGUAAAUCUAUUGUGUAUAUAGGCCAUUUAGAUUUUUUGGGGGGUCGGGAUUUUUUGAUAUGGUCUGAUAAAGUAAUAAAGUAAAAUGAAUAUAUGUGCUGCACAAACAAUCGCACACAAAGUAUUUUAAAACUUGUUUAGAGGUUUAAAGCCUCCGUGCACACAGCAGUCACCCAGGUCAAUUUAAAACGAUCUCCAGUGUUGCGAUGUUUGAAUUGUGUCCGAGUGCAGUGAAUCAGUGAGUCAUCGGAGAACUUGAAGCUUCUGUCGACGACCUCUUGGACCAAAUGCAACAUGAAUACUGCGACGGUACCAUCAGCCAAAGUGGGCGUAGUGCCUUCAAAACAUGUGAGGUAUUCUUCUAAAAGGAAAACUAGUUAUCGCCUCUCAUCCCUCUGAUCACUUCCUGUUUUAAUCCAAUCCCAGUGGGGCAUCUACACACCUGUAGUUUGAAUAUUUCAAAUUUAAACGAGACUUUAUGUGAAUUAUCUGCUUUGCGCAUUUCAAUGUUAACAUCUAAGUAUUAUACUUGUCAUUAGGGUGAAACACUUUCCUAGUAUAUAUAUAUAUAUAUAUAU